AUGAUCGUUUCUCCUCAGGUGUGUGGUGUGGACGGGGACGACAGAGUAUUUUUCUUCAACCCAACGAUACAGCUCUCUGUUUGGGAUCAGCCAGUAGAUCUGAAGCACCGUGGAGAGGAUCUCAACAGGAUUAUAGAAAAUCCUCCACAUAAACGCAAAAAUGAUUCUUUGUCCACAGAGGACGGUUCUAACUCUCCGUCUGCCGAUGACGAUGAUGCUGAUGAUGAAGAUGAACAUUAUUCAAAAACCAAGAGGAACAAACGGGAGGAACCUGCGGAUGGUAAUGAGGACCUGAGAGAGAGGGCUGGCGCAGAGACAUGUGACUCUCCCCCCCAUCGGACUGUUCUACCCUUAGGGCUCCGCAUCACACACUUCAGGGACAUGCUCCUUGAAAGAGGGGUUUCAGCGUUUUCCACAUGGGAGAAAGAACUGCACAAGAUCGUGUUUGAUCCACGGUAUCUUCUGCUAAACUCUGCAGAGGAGAGGAAACAGGUGUUUGAGCAGUUUGUCAAAGUGAGGAUGAAGGAAGAACACAAGGAGAAACAGAGAAAACUGCUGCAAGCAAAAGACCAGUAUAGAAAACUUCUAGAGGAGUCGAAAAUCACAUCCAGGUCAACUUUCAAAGACUUUUCUGUUAAGUACGGCCGUGACCAGCGCUUCAAGCAAGUGCUGAAGAAGAAAGACCAAGAGCACUUCUUCAACCAAUUCAUCAAUGGGUUAAAGAAGAGAGAUAAAGAGAACCGCAUGAGGCUGAGGAAGAUGAGAUGAGGAGGUCGAAGACGUUAUGUGAAGAUUCUAAAGGAAGAUUCUAAAGGACUGUUCAUUUGAAUCUGAACAUUGGGAUUUUACAGAUAAUAUAGUUUACUGUACAAAACAGUGUCUUUAAAAUGUGUGUUAUAUGUUGUUUUUCUUUCUUUAUUUAUUUUAAUUUAAACAUGCAAUGUUUGUGGGAUUGUGAGUUGGAUUAAUUAAAACCUUCUAAAAUGAA